AUGCAUCACUUUGAGGAAGAACUAACAUGUUCUAUUUGCUACAGCAUAUUUGAAGAUCCACGCGUUCUGCCCUGUUCCCACACUUUCUGUAGGAAUUGUCUGGAAAAUGUCAUUCAGCUGUCGAGCAACUUUUCCAUCUGGAGACCUCUGAGAAUUUCCCUGAAGUGCCCGAACUGCAGGAGCGUUGUGGAAAUUCCUGUUGAUGGUACAGAAUCGUUGCCUAUCAACUUUGCACUGAAGGCUAUUAUUGAAAAAUGCCAACAGGAGGAUCACUCUGAUGUUGCAACCUGCAGUGAACACUACAGGCAACCACUGAACGUUUACUGCCUUUUGGAUAGAAAAUUGGUGUGCGGCCACUGCCUUACGAUAGGAAAACAUAAUGGUCAUCCUAUUGAUGACCUUCAGAGUGCCUACACAAAAGAAAAGGAGACUUUUGGAAAACUUCUGGAGCAGCUGACUGAUAAACACUGGACUGAUGUCUGCCUGCUUAUUGAAAAGCUGAAAGAACAGAAGUCCCAGUGUGAAAGCAUUGUCCAGGAUGAUAGAAAAGCAGUAGUACAGUACUUUAAGAAACUUGGCGAGAUCUUGGAGCACAAAAAACAGGCUCUGCUGACAGCACUGGAUGAAAUGAAUGCACACAUUUUUGAAGAGUAUGAUCCUCUCAUUGAGAAGCUGAAGAAGAUAAGGGAAGAACAGCUCGAAUUAAUGUCCCUGCAUACCUCUAUUAAAAAAGAGGAGUCCCCGCUUAUUUUUCUUGAGAAGGUGAAUGGUCUACAUCAGCGUAUAAAAGCUCUGAAACAGAAGGAACUCCCGGAUGUUAAACCUGUGGAGAUUCAUCCCAGGAUUGGGCACCUGUUGAAAGAUGUGUGGUCCAAAACCAGAAUUGGUCAGAUCAACAAGAUCCUCACUCCAGAAAUAAAACUCAUUCCAAAAGAGAAGUUCUGCAGCAAAGGCAGCGGAAAAGAAGGAAGAGACUCAGAACUCCUUCAGCCAGUAAAUCCUUUUGCAGUCCUGCUUCUCUUGAUGAUGAUGAUAGCGGUAACUUUGUUUUCAUUUCACAGGCCAGUGUUGUCAGUUGUAUUUGAAGAUAUUCGCACUUAUAUGUCAGAAUUCCUGGUGCUUAUUUAUCAAGAUUUUGUUACUCGUUUGCAGAAUACAGCAGAUAUGCUGGACCAUAUGUUUAAUUUACUAUUGGGAAAUUUUAGGGAGAACUGUUUUUUUUGA